UUUCUUUCCCCGCAACUUGCAAGAUCGUCGCUGUGGCACUGCGGAAUUGAAAUCAGCGAAUUACCAGCAGACGAUAACGGUGUGGACUUGGGGCAGCACAGUUCUGAGGUGACCGGCCAUGGCGUUGCCGGUAUCAUAGACGUAUGCUUCUUCGAUAUCCCUGCAAUAACUUGUACACUUUUGGUGACAAUGCGCUCCAAGGACAGGAUCUCUUACUUCUACGAUGGUGACGUGGGAAGCGUUUACUUUGGGCCAAACCAUCCAAUGAAGCCUCACCGUCUUUGCAUGACCCAUCAUCUUGUCCUCUCAUACGAGCUUCAUAAGAAGAUGGAAAUUUAUCGUCCGCACAAGGCUUAUCCUGUUGAGCUUGCCCAGUUUCAUUCAGCUGAUUAUGUUGAGUUUUUGCACAGGAUUACACCUGACACUCAGCACCUGUUCUCGAAUGAAUUGGCAAAAUAUAAUCUUGGAGAAGACUGCCCUGUAUUUGACAACUUAUUUGUUUGUCAAAUCUAUGCCGGUGGAACCAUAGAUGCUGCACGUCGAUUAAACAAUCAACUCUGUGACAUUGCUAUAAAUUGGGCUGGUGGACUGCACCAUGCCAAGAAAUGCGAGGCAUCUGGAUUUUGUUACAUCAAUGACUUGGUUUUAGGAAUCUUGGAGCUUCUUAAAUAUCAUGCUCGUGUUUUAUAUAUUGAUAUAGAUGUCCACCAUGGUGAUGGAGUAGAAGAAGCCUUCUACUUCACUGAUAGGGUGAUGACUGUUAGUUUUCACAAGUAUGGAGACAUGUUCUUUCCAGGAACUGGUGAUGUCAAGGAAAUAGGAGAAAAAGAGGGCAAGUUUUAUGCCAUUAAUGUCCCCCUUAAAGACGGAAUAGAUGAUCCUAGCUUCAAUCGGCUUUUUAAGACUAUUAUUUCUAAGGUUGUCGAAAUAUAUCAACCUGGUGUGAUAGUUCUCCAAUGUGGGGCAGAUUCACUUGCUGGAGACCGUCUGGGUUGCUUCAAUCUUUCCAUUGAUGGUCAUGCUGAAUGUGUUAAAUUUGUAAGGAAGUUCAAUUUGCCCUUGCUGGUCACUGGAGGCGGGGGAUACACAAAAGAGAAUGUAGCUCGGUGUUGGACUGUUGAAACUGGAGUUCUUCUAGAUACAGAGCUUCCAAAUGAGAUCCCUGAGAAUGAUUACAUCAAAUAUUUUGCUCCAGAAUUUUCCUUGAAGAUUCCAAAUGGGCACAUAGAGAAUUUAAAUAGUAAAUCAUAUCUUAGCACCAUCAAAAUGCAAGUCUUGGAAAAUCUCCGUUACAUCCAACAUGCUCCUAGUGUGCAAAUGCAGGAGGUCCCUCCGGACUUCUACAUUCCUGAUUACGAUGAAGAUGAGCAAAACCCUGAUGAGCGCAUUGAUCAGCACACUCAAGACAAGCAAAUCCAGCGUGAUGAUGAAUAUUAUGAAGGUGACAAUGACAACGAUCAUCACAUGGAUGAUGUGUGAAGUCUACCCCAGCUUUGUGUAUUCUCUUGGAGGAUUGACUAAUUUAGGGAAGGGAAGUUGUAAUUUGAUUCAAUCACUCAGUUGAACCAGGGGUCAGGGGUGGGGCAAAAGCAAUGGUGUUUUUGUGUGAAAGAUGUAUUCUUUGUAAAUUUGCCUGGAAAUUCAUCACCGUAGUUGUGUUUGUUUCUUAAUGGCGAAGGGCAUUGAUAGAUAGAAGUAACUGCCUCCGCGCAAUAUCUUGACAGUUGACACUCUGUUAUCAAACAUCACCAUUCAAGAAAUUUGAUUAAUGAAAUGAUUUGAGUA